GUGGUUCUGGCGGAGGGCCGGCCCCGGCUCUCGCCUUUUCCUCUCUUCCUUUCUGUCCUUGCCAGCCACCGUCGGCAGCGCUGCGCGGCGGGGCGAUGGCGGCGGCCGGGCGCGGCGGUGUCCUCUGGCAGCAAGCAGCAAGUUGGCUGCGGGCGGCGCGGGCCGCCGCUGCGGCGCCCUCAGGGGCACGGGCGGCUUCGGGUCUGACCAAGGAUCAACUGCCCGGGCCAUACCCAAGAACGGCGGAGGAGCGGGCGGCAGCCGCCAAGAAGUACAACAUGCGAGUGGAGGACUACCAGCCCUACCCUGACGACGGCUUCGGGUAUGGUGAUUAUCCCAUGCUCCCUAAUAAGUCCAUACAUGAGCGAGACCCCUGGUACCAGUGGGACCAGCCAGAUGUGAGGCGCAACUGGGGAGAGCCGAUGCACUGGGACUUUGACAUGUAUAUUCGGAAUCGUGUUGAUACAUCACCUACUCCAGUUCCAUGGCAUACUAUGCGCAACCACUUCCUGAUUUUUUUGGGUACCAUGCUGGUCAUGUUUGCUGUUGGAGAGAUCUAUCCAUCUUACAGGCCUGUGGGACCGAAGCAGUAUCCCUUCAAUGAUCUGUAUCUGGAGAAAGGAGGGGACCCCGAUAAAGAGCCACCAGUUGUGACGCACUACAAAAUCUGAAAGCUGCUGGAAGUGCUUUUUAUCCUGCACUAGCUCUGCUGGGGCUGGCAUCUUCUUUAGUUUUCACUGCAGCAUAAGUUAAUGCUUGUUCUUCAACAUUGAACCACUAACUGCAGUGAAAUAUAUCAAUGAUACCUGUU